AUGGGCAGAUCCGGUUCAGGGAAGUCAUCAAUGAGGUCAAUUAUUUUCAGUAAUUAUUCAGCUUUUGAUACAAGAAGAUUAGGUGCAACUAUUGAUGUGGAACAUUCACAUUUAAGAUUUUUGGGAAAUAUGACCUUAAAUCUUUGGGAUUGUGGUGGGCAAGACGUAUUCAUGGAAAAUUACUUUACAAAACAAAAAGAUCAUAUUUUUCAAAUGGUACAAGUAUUAAUUCAUGUUUUCGAUGUAGAAUCACAAGAAGUUAUCAAAGAUAUUGAGAUAUUCAUGAGAUCUUUAAAACAGUUAAAAAAAUACUCUCCAGACGCUAAAAUAUUCGUUCUUUUACAUAAAAUGGACUUAGUACAAACUGAUAAAAGAGAUGAAUUAUUUCAAAUAAUGAUGAAUAAAUUACAACAAACCUCUUCAGAAUAUGGCUUCAAUGAUUUGGUCGGCUUCCCAACUUCAAUUUGGGAUGAAUCAUUAUACAAAGCGUGGUCACAAAUAGUUUGCUCCCUAAUACCAAAUAUGAAAGAUCAUCAAACAAAUUUAAUUAAAUUUAAAUCAAUUUUAAAUGCUUAUGAAAUCAUUCUUUUUGAAAAAAGUACUUUCUUAGUGAUUUGUUCAUCAAAUGGUAAUAUGGGUUCACAAUCAAAAAGCUUAUUAAAUAAUGAAUUAAACCUAGAUCCAAAAAGAUUCGAAAAAAUUUCAAAUAUAAUGAAAACUUUCAAACAAAGUUGUACAAAAUUGAAAAGUGGAUUCACUACUUUAAUUUUAAAUGAUUCAAUUUACGUCACCGAAAUUUCUUCAAAUAUGGUUUGUUUUAUUGUGUUAAAUGAUACGGACCAACCAAAGGAAAUAAUUAUGGAAAAUAUUCAAAAGGCCAAAAAAGAGUUUUUCUGA